AUGCAGCGAGGCAACGCUGCCUCCCCAAAUAUCCUUGGUCCUCAGCGCCGCAGAGACCCUCCAAACCUGCACCAGCGCUGCAACGGCGUGGGCGCUGCGGCGCCGGGGCAGGUGGCCUGGGAGCCCAUCACUCCUAAGCAGCUGGCUCUGAAGCUGGGAGUGGCGGCAUCCACCGGAAAGCUGGACCUGUCUGGUUGCGGACUGCGGCAUGUUCCCCCUGAGGUCUUUGACAUCACAGAUCUGGAGGAGCUGUCCCUGGCGGGGAAUGGCAUCGAGGAGCUGCCCGAAGGCAUCGCCUCCCUUCCCUGCCUGACCAAGCUGCAGCUGGCGGGAAAUGAGUUGCGCCGCCUGCCCACGGCAUUGACGACCCUGCAGGACCUACGCGGCCUCUGGCUGCAUGGCAACGCGCUGGAGACGCUGCCAGAGGACCUGGGCGCGCUGGAGGCCCUGGAGCUGCUGUCCCUGGCGGGGAAUGCGCUGCGCAUGCUGCCGUGGUCGGUCGGCGACCUGCACGCCCUGCGCGAGCUCAAUCUGGCGGGCAAUGCGCUGACGGCGCUGCCGGGGUCCAUCGGCGGCCUGCGUGGUCUGCAGACGCUGAGCCUGCUGGGCAACCGGCUGGAGGCGGUGCCGGAGACGCUGGGGGCGCUGGGCGCGCUGCGCGAGCUCUGGCUCCAGGGCAACCCGGGCCUUGGCGCGUUGCCGGAGGAGCUGGGCAGCCUGACGGCGCUGACACACGCCUCCGCGGCCGACUGCGGCCUGGCGCGCGUGCCUGGGAGCCUCUUGGCGUUGCCGCGCCUCCGCACGCUGAGCUUGUACGGGAACCGGCUGGCGACGCUGCCUGCCGAGGCCCUGCAGCAGGUGUACUACGAGGAUGACGAGGAAUCGAUGACGACGAUGGCUGACGGCGGGUGCCUUGCUCAUCCUGUGUUCUGUGGCACCUCCCUGCGGCGCCUGUGGCUGGAGGGCAACCCUCUGGACGCGGGGACCCUGGCGUCCCUGAUUGCUGGCGCCAGUAUGAGCCAGGACGUGACGGUGGGUCUUGACGAGUCGCAGCUGCAGCAUGCGGCAGCAAGCGUGGGCGCCGUCCCAAUACCAGCAAACGUCCAGCGCUCUGAGAUUCUCGCCCCCGGCCCGGGCCUGUUCAAGCUCGUGCGCUGGGCUGGUCUGGCCGGGAUCCCGGCGGCCGCGCGACCCUCUGCCACCCAGGGUGCGCCGCUCGCCGCCGCCGAAACCCUGCUCGUCGCCUUUGGCAGCGCCCCCGGCGUUCCCAACUGGGCGGGUGCGCUGAAGAAAGUAGCCGCCCGGCCGGAGGUGGCCCCGUUUGACGUGCUCUUCGUCGUGGACGCCGCCCGCGCCUGGUACCAUGGUGAGCUCUUCGGGAUGGGAACAGGCGGGGACGCGGGCAUCGAGGAGUACGCGGGCCCCCUGCGACAGGCGGCCUCGUGCUACCACCGAGUGGUCCUGCUGGGCGACAGCAUGGGCGGCACGGCGGCCCUCCUCUUUGCCGGACAGGCCACCAAGGUGGUGGCCUUCUGCCCCCAGGUGGACCUGGCGCGCUCGGCCAUCCGCCCCGCCGGCCCCGCGCCCUGGCGCGCCGCGCUGCAGCGCCGCGUCGAGGAAAGUGUGGCAGCGUGCAGGGGCGUCGUGGACGUGCACGUGGGAACCUGGGAGCACGACCAGGAGCAGGUGGGGCGUCUGGCUGGGUGGGUGGAGGCGGGACGAUGUGGACCUGGGCCCCGUGGGAGGACGGCUCGUGCAGGGCCGGGAGCCGCCCCCCGCCCCACCCCAUACUCCACCACCGUCACAUGCCUGACCACACCCUAG